AACUAAUUAUUGAAAACCAAUUAGAAGAGAUUAUAUAUAUAUAUAUAUAAUCUUUUGUCCAUUUGAAGGAGCUUCUUGAGACCAUUAUUAGUUUUUGUAAUGGCGAAUGACUUAGGCUCCUCCACAGCAAUAGGCAUAUUGAUUCUAUCCAACUUAUUGGCUAUAACAGAGCUCGUCUCAGCUUCUACUUUUAACCGUAGCAGUUUCCCAGCAGGGUUUCUUUUUGGAACAGCUGCGGCUUCUUACCAGUAUGAAGGUGCAGUAAAUGAAGAUGGAAAGGGUCUAAGUAUAUGGGACACCUUCACUCACAAGUAUCCUGAAAGGAUAGCAGGCGGUGCAAAUGCAGAUGUAGCUGUUGAUUUUUACCAUCGUUAUCAGGAAGAUGUGAAUAUCAUGAAAAAUAUGGGACUAGAUACUUUCAGAUUCUCCAUCUCCUGGUCCAGAGUAUUACCUAAUGGAACUGUGAAAGGAGGCGUAAACAAGAAAGGCAUUGAUUUCUACAACAAUCUCAUCAAUGAGCUCCUAUCGCAAGGUAUACAGCCUUUUGUAACUCUAUUUCACUGGGAUUUGCCUCAGGCCCUUGAAGAUGAAUAUGGUGGCUUUUUAAGCCCUAGCAUUGUCCAUGAUUUUAAGAAUUAUGCAGAGCUUUGCUUCAAAGAAUUUGGGGAUAGAGUGAAGCAUUGGAUAACAUUAAAUGAGCCAUGGAGUUAUAGCAAUACAGGCUAUAACAUGGGGUUAUUUGCACCAGGAAGGUGUUCCAAAUUCAUGAAUGCAGCAUGCCAAGCUGGAGACUCUGCAACUGAGCCUUAUUUGGUUGGCCACCAUAUGUUACUUUCUCAUGCCGCUGCAGUAAAACUGUACAAGGAAAAAUACCAAGCAUCUCAAAAAGGGCAGAUUGGGAUAACACUAGUUUGUCAUUGGAUGGUACCAUUCUCCAAAACUAAGCCUGACCAUCAGGCUUCCAAAAGAGCUCUUGAUUUUAUGUAUGGAUGGUAUAUGCACCCACUAGUAUAUGGUGACUACCCAAAAAGUAUGAUUAACCUUGUUGGGAAUAGAUUGCCAAGAUUCACCACAGACCAAUCCAUGAUGGUGAAAGGAUCUUUUGAUUUUAUUGGAUUAAAUUACUACAGUUCAUUUUAUGCCUAUUCUGUACCUGCUACUUCCAAUUCAGUAAACAUUAGUUACUCUACAGAUUCCCUUACUAAUUUAACAACUGAAAGAGAUGGAAUUCCUAUCGGCCCAACGGAUGGUUCUAUUUGGAUCCAUGUAUAUCCAAGAGGUUUACGGGAUGUUCUUAUGUAUACAAAGAAAAAGUACAACAAUCCAACAAUUUAUAUUACUGAAAAUGGAAUUGACCAGUUGGAUAAUGGAACCUCAACACUAACCGAACUUGUUAACGAUUUGAACCGAAUAGAUUAUUACAAGCGUCAUCUUGCAUCCCUGGAAAGAGCCAUAAAGGAAGGUGUUGAUGUUAAAGGUUACUUUGCUUGGUCAUUGUUGGAUAACUUUGAAUGGGCUGCCGCAUACACUAUGAGGUAUGGAAUUAAUGUGGUAGAUUACAAGAAUGGCUUGAAAAGAUACCCCAAGAAAUCAGCUAUUUGGUUCAACAACUUCUUGCAGAAAUAGAGGAAAUAUGUAUCCAUCAAUAAAUUUGUACACUCAACUUGAAAUAUUAAACAGUAAGCUCAAACAUCUUCCCUUUUUUUUUUUACGUAAAUCUCUCAUACAGUUUCAAUUGAUGUACCUGUACAUCUCAAGUCGGUUGCCACCCAGAUAGCACUAGUUUUCAUUAGAGUUCUCUGACUCUUUCUAAAGGGAAAGAUCAAAUAUCACAUUGAUUUUUUUUUUUUUUUCUAGUUUGUAAUCUUGAUGUUGGAUAAUCAAUUUUGCUGUAACCUGAUCACAGCACACAUCAAACAGAAAAAUGCUGCUUAAAUUUAAUUAACUCUACAAAUUUGCACCCUGAUCACCACCUUAUUUUAUCCACUUUCAUAUUAUUGGAUUUUUCAGAAUUGCAAUAGAAUCAUACAUUUAAAGCACUAUUAUAUUCUAGUACUGUAUAAUUUUGCAUUAGAUAAGCAAAAAUGAUCAUACCUUCCUUGCAUUGGGAAAGACUGUUGAUAACAUUAUUAUGGAGUUUGAGG